AUGGCCAGUUUAAGAAAAUUUUCUGCUCACCUGCUCAGAACACGAAUAUGUCAUCCAAUGUUGCUUGACCGAUGUGACAGUUACAAGUAUAAAUCGGUUACACCUGUAAAAUAUCUGACAAAUUCUGUACAAGGAAAUCAACAGUCUUACACAUUUAAUAUGUCAAAGAGGAUAAAAUCUAUCCUCCAAAAACAGAGGCCGCCUAGACCUGUUAAAAAGGCCCAGGGGGCAAAGAGGAUGGGGGAACCAACCAUUUUCUCUAAGAUUGUCGAUAAGUCAAUCCCAGCAGAUAUCAUAUAUGAAGAUGAACUGUGUAUGGCUUUCCGAGACAUUUCACCACAAGCCCCAGUGCACUUUUUAGUGAUUCCAAAGUCCCCAAUACUAGGAAUCAGUGAUGCAGUCAUACAGGAUAAAGAGCUUUUAGGGCAUCUUUUAUUGAUUGCUAAACAAGUUGCAGAGCAAGAGAAUCUAUCAAAUGGAUAUAGAUUAGUAAUUAAUGAAGGACCAGAUGGGGCCCAGUCAGUGCAUCAUCUUCACAUACAUGUUAUGGGAGGAAGACAGAUGAACUGGCCACCUGGAUGAUAUCUUGAAUGUGGAGAACUAGAGAUUAUUAACAAAGUCAUUAUUCAAGAUUUCAUUUAUUUUUUAUUCUUACAUGUAUAUAUAUAUCUAUUCUAAAGCUAUAGAAUCAGUAGUAAAGGAAUAAUAUUAUCAUUAUCAGGUCACCUGAGUCACUCAGAUUCUCCGUUGUCUGUUGUCAUGUGUUGAAAUUAAACGUUGUCAGCUUAUUUAGGGUUUUAAGGAAUCAAGUAACCAAUUUUUUUUUUUCAAAAUUUGGCAUGAUUCGCAAUAUGUAGUGAAAAUGCAUUAUUUCUUUCAUAAUCAUCUUCUCUGCCUCGAAAUAUUAAGCAAUCAUGAUAAGUGAUAGUUUUAAUGAGCAAGGGUGUCUCUUUCAAAAUUUUUAAAUCCCUGGCCUCCGGAUUAGGAGAUCUAUUUUUAGGCUGGGAUUCUAUUGAUUAUAUAAUGAAAAUGCAUUAAUGAGUCAUUAAUAAAAAUUGUCUCUGCUCCUGGGCAUCAAGGAGGCUGACUGAGUGCAAAAUUGUAAUGAGCAAGGUUAUUUUUACCAGAUUUUCUAAAUUAUGGAUCAUUUUCACCUAUGAUAAUCAUUGUAAAUAAUGUACAUGUAACUGAUAGGUCAAUUGAAUAAAUUAUAUAAGAAUUUUUAAUGUAUAAUACAAUAAAGUAUUUUCAUAGUU